GCGACUCAAAAAAUCGGUUCCCCAACAAGCCAAGCAAAUGGACAACCCAAUUGCUGCCUCGUUUCAUGAUCUGCGCCUGUCCAGACUUGUCCUCGUUACCCCUCCUCGGGACGUGUGGGCUACGUAAGGAUCCUCGUUUCUUCGCAACCUUCGGGCACAAUGGCGAUCAUCCACAUCUGUAUUGUUUUAUUUGGUUUGGCUCUUUGCAACAUUUGUGUCCCCCUCCGUUUAUCAUGUUGUUUUGUCAAGCCGCGCCAGCAUUAUCCCUUCUUUUUGUGUCGGGUAUGCGACGGAAAUUGUCCAUUCCCCCGGGGGGAGCGCCGAAGCGGGAAGUCCAAUACGUAGGACUCGAGCUACGGAGUGGGUUGGAUCGCAUUGACUAUGGAAUAUUUGACUCCUCUUCUCUUGUCUUGUCUUCCGGGCGCGCGAUGCGAUCGUAGUUCGUCUACCUGUAGAAUAACCCAGACAAGUGAGGGGAGAACGAGGGUGCAGAAAGGGAGGCCCAAGAUACAGUUGGCGCAAAGCAGAUGCAUGCCGUUAGCCGGGUGGGGUUUGGUGAACAAGUAACGUAGCGUUAUCCAUCCUGGAUUAUUUUGGAAGAAAGAAUGCGUUCGCAGCUUAAAACCCGCCGAUGGAGAACUGAUCUGAGAUUGGACGCAUUCCGAUCCCUCAGGAUAAAUAUUUCUGGGGAGACCAUCAUCGGGUCGGAAGGGGAUUUGUUAUUCUGGGGCCCUGAGAGUUGACGUGACACUUUGCGCCCAGUCCACCAGGGUCAUAUUGGCCGAUGGGAGAGGUGGAAUCAAUCAGAUGGUCGACUCUACCCAGCCCGCCAGGACACACCGAAACUCUGUGUUGUUAUUUUUCAAUAGCCCACUUUCUCACCGUUCCAUUUCGGCUCCGCAACGAACAGGGAAAAAGAAAAGAAAAUGGCAAAAAAAAAAGCAAAGCGGAUAAAUCACAUCGAACAACCAAGGUUUGAACAAAGGAGGAUUUUAGAUUC